UCCCAGACCGGGUGGUGGUGGGGGGGACCACUUCCAAACAGAGAGAGAGAGACUCGCCAUCCACUAAGUCAACCGUUCGGUCGCAACCAGAGGUCUUCAACAUGGAUAAUCAUUCCUACAACUUUCCAUCCGACUGCACCCCGCUCACAAACUGCAAGUCGGCCCGCAAGUCAGCGGGUUCCACCGUGGUGAACAUGGGCAACGCGGGGAAGAACCCGCCCCGGGACUACCUGCUCUGGUCGCUCUGCAACACCUUUUAUGUCAACUUCUGCUGCUUGGGCUUCAUGGCACUCAUCUACUCCAUCAAGGCCCGGGACCAGAAGACUCUGGGGAACCUGCAGCUGGCUCAGGAGUGUUCAGACAAGGCCAAAUGGUACAACAUCCUGGCCGCCGGCUGGAACCUGCUGAUCCCUCUGCUGGCCGUCGUCCUGAUCGUCCUCCUGCUUGUCCACCUCGGCUCCUCUCAGGGUUCCUUCGAUUUCCUGGGAGAGGACGGUUUCCAAAACUUCCUCAAGUUGUUCAGCUGGUAGAUAAAGGAGGGAAAAAACAAAAUGUUCGAUUGGAUUCAGAAGACGAUGACAGACGUUAGAAUUAGUCGACGUCUAAAUGUUUGUUUUCGACUUGUCCUAUGCAGAUGUGUUAAAACUUCUGCUCGCCAUCUGAAUUAACUGUAACACUGAUAACUUAUUUUAGUAGUAUUAGCAUCUUUCUGCCAAAAAUUUGAUAAAUACAAAAACGUCAAGGCGGAUUUAAGCAGUAUUUUCAAAACAGUGCCAUGAAUGUGACUUACAUCUGAGCUGAUGCUAGCAUGAAAAGGAAAAAAAGGGAAAAACUUUAGAGCAUGCUGAUGUUUUAUGUUGGGAGCCAAAGGCUGAAAUGGCCUGAAAGACGAAAUGAAGGAAUGAAAGAAAAACAUUACAGGGACAGUUUGCAUUUUUUGAAGUAAAGUAAUUUAAAAUUAUUAUAAGUACGUGUAGUAAAAGAUGUGAUAUCACAGCGAGUUUGGUGAAGCUAGCUGUUAGCAGUGGUAUGCUAAAAGCUCGUCACUAAACAGCAUUUUAGCUAGUUUCAGCAGGUUACCAUCCCAUCCACACAGAACAGUUUUUUUUUGCUAAAAGAGAAAAGUUUUAAACAAUUUUUGCUCUAUGUCUACACGGAGACGCCGUUUUGGGCGCCCUAAAUGUUUUCGGUUUUUUUAAACAGGUUCCAGAGUAAAAAAUUCACUCUCAUGUAUUUGGACAACGAAAACAUAUUUAUUGUGAAAUCUCCGACAUGUUAGACUACAAUCUAGCCUCAAACAUAUCAAAUGCGACAAUGGAAGAUUACAUAUUCCACAAAAGACUUCACUUGCAUUCGUAUUUUUGUGGCAGCUUUACACACGUCCCACUGUGCUUGUUUAGCACCACCCACAGGUCAGGAGGAGUCAAAAAUGAGGCUAUUCCCUCUCUCUGAAGAUGGGUUCACACUUGAGUGUGAACCCAAGUGUUUUCGAUAACAACCCGUUUUAGAAGAAAAUUGUUCCUGUGUUGUUGAGAUCUAAAACAACUCUAACUGAAAAUGUGCUGUGGUUGUGGUACGUACUAAUAUGUCAGAAGAUAUUGUCUACAUUUCAUAAGUUUGUCAGUGUCUUCUCAGCUAGACAAUGUCCAUGUAGCUACGCUAAAACUACGUCAUUGGAUGCCACUGCACAAAACCUAAAGAAAUCCUAAGGUUUUUUAAAGGCUACGUCAUGGCCAGUCACAAAAUUCAGCUUCUCUGCUUUAUUUUUGGUAUUUAUUGUAUUUAUGUGAAGUACAAUUUGAUCGGUUGUUGUAACCGUCGUUGGUCAGGAUAGAUUGAGAUUGAGAAAUGAAAUAAACAAACAAACGUGGAGCCAAAGUUUACAACAGACAAUGAAUUCGUUUUCACCUUCUAGCAUUUCUCACAUUACUUUAUACUUCUCUUUUCAUCACUUUAUAAGUUUUUUUUUUGUUUGGUGCUUUGAAGAUUUUUCUGUUGUAUCUCCUUAUUGUUUUCAAUCUAUGAAAUAAAUAAAUCAGACUGUAUGUUAGCACAGUA